AUGCUCACGGUCUCGACCAAGCCACUAGUAUCCAAUGUUAGUGCUCGUUUUCUCAUCGCCCAGCUUGCAAACUUGUGCAACCGUGACCUAGAAUGCCCGGUUGUGCAAUUGCACCAACUCUUCGAUGAACUGACACCAUCGGUGCCUGUCUUCAAACUUGAUGCUUGCGAUCAACUGAACACAGAUUUGCUCGUGCAUGUGGUGGUUUCACAUGGUAUGCUAGCGAUUUUGAAGGUACUGGAAAACAACUUAGGCAAGUGCCCCGGGGACGUUUUCAUGAAGCUUCACAUCAUCAACUUGUUGGUCACGAGUGGUCUUGGGCUCUUGGAACGCCCCCGUCUCAUCUGUGGAAUCAUGGUCAUGAUGGUCUGCUCUGUGAUGAGCACAUAUUGCAGUAUCACGAUUUUUGUCAAGCAGAUCUAUUGGAUUCAACAAAAAAACAUGACUUCAUUUGCGAAACGGAGAAGGCAAAGCCCCGGAAAAGUCGUAUACGUGCAAAAAGGAGGAAAGUCAUCUGCAAAGCGAGAGGAUAGUGUUGAACCGGUGUUGAAGCUUAAGGGUAGAGCUCGGACGAUGGCAGGGAGGGAAAAACUUGAAUUCGGAGAGUGA